AUGUCCAUAUCCAAUGCCACGCCCAUUAUCCCUCUCCUCGACGGCAACAGCAACAGGAACAGCGACUGCAACACCAGCCAGGACCUGGGGUACAGGGUUCGGAAGGCGGGAAUAAUCGUAAUCGUGGGAGAGAGGGGGUCUGGGAGGGGAAGCAGUCUUCAUUUGCAGCCGCCACACGAUUCCCACCCAGGUCUCCGCGGCCGGCCCGGUGGGCUCCAGCGCCCAGGGCGACCACAUGGCCGCGGGGCAGCUGUACACGUCCUGCGCGACGGCGAGGACAGCCGCGUGAGAAGCUUCGUGGUCGAGCCUGGAAGUGCUUGUUGGUUAGCACGCGACACGUACGAUCUUGCGAGUUUUGAAAGGGUGUUGGCGCAGGGGAUGGCAGAAGAGGCUGUCUGUCGGAUGAGGAGGGGGCUUUUACCAGUUGAGGAGGUUGCGGAAGAGGAGCGGGAAGGAGAUGGCUUCAAAGACGUGGUUCACGAGGCGGGCGGAGGGCAGGGAGCGCUUGGGGACGUGGGAGAGGAUGGUGUGGAGGAGUUCUGGGGGGAGAGUGUCCAUUGUGGUGGUGCCAACGAUGAGGAAGGAGAUGGGGAUGAAAUAGAUCCGAGUUGA